AUGUUGAGACCUUUUUCCAGAAGCGCACGUACUCUUGCAACAUUUGCCUCUCCUGAGUCUGUGUUGCCUAAGAAAUAUGGAGGCACUUAUACUGUUACUUUAGUUCCAGGUGACGGUAUUGGUAAAGAAAUCACCGACUCUGUCCAGACUAUUUUUAAGGAUCAGCGAGUACCUAUUGAAUGGGAAGUUGUUGAUGUCUCAGGUUUGAGUGAAGACAACCAAGGAGUCACUGAAGCUGUGAAUUCUUUGAAAAGGAAUAAGGUUGGUUUGAAGGGAAUUUUGUAUACCCCAACCAAUAAGACCAACAAAUCCUUAAAUGUCGCAUUGAGGAAGGAGUUGGACAUCUACGCAUCAUUAGUCUUGAUUAAGAACAUUCCAGGUGUAAAAUCAAGAUUGGAUGGUAUUGAUUUUGCAUUGGUGAGAGAAAACACUGAAGGUGAAUACUCGGGAUUAGAACAUCAGUCUGUUCCUGGUGUCGUUGAAUCCUUGAAAAUCAUGACUAGAUUCAAGUCUGAAAGAAUUGCAAAAUUUGCCUUCGAUUUCGCAAAGAAGAACAACAGACAAUUGGUUACCGCGAUCCACAAAGCAAACAUCAUGAAGUUGGGUGAUGGAUUGUUCAGAACAACUGUCAAAGAUGUUGGUCAAGAUUACCCUGGUAUAGAGGUAAACGAUUUGAUUGUUGACAAUGCUUCAAUGCAAGCAGUGGCCAAGCCUCAGCAAUUUGAUGUGUUAGUUACUCCCAACUUGUACGGAUCGAUUCUUUCGAAUAUUGGUGCCGCGUUGAUCGGUGGUCCUGGUUUGGUUCCAGGUGCGAACUUCGGAAGAGAGUACGCUGUUUUUGAGCCUGGUUGCAGACACGUUGGCUUGGACAUCAAGGGUCAGAAUACAGCCAACCCAACUGCCAUGAUUUUGUCUGCCUCAAUGUUGUUGAGGCAUUUGGGAUUAAACACUCAUGCAGACAAGAUUUCGCAAGCUACCUAUGAUGUCAUUGCCGAAGGAAAGGUGAGAACAAGAGAUAUCGGUGGUACGUCAACUACCACUGAGUUCACUGAUGCUAUUUUGGCCAAGUUGAACGCAUAG